UUCCCAAGAGCAAACAACUUCCAGGAGCCCACACCCAGCAUACCAGGCACACCAAAGCUAGUGUUAGUUCGAGUAGAACAUCACAUCUCACCUGAAGAUGUCUUCUGGGUUGUUGUCGCGGAGCACCUCCCCGAGCUCGGACUCGGAGUGGAGCAAGAAGGAGAACAAGAUGUUCGAGGAGGCGCUCGCCUACUACGGCGAGAGCGCCCCCAACCUCUGGGAGAAGGUGGCCAGCGCCAUGGGGGGCACCAAGUCCGCCGAGGAGGUGCGCCGCCACUUCCAGAUCCUUGUCGACGACGUCAACAGCAUCGAGCACGGCCGCAUCCCCUUCCCCAAGUACAAGACCCAGGGCUUCUGGACCUAAAAGGAUGAAGCAGUGUAAGCUCCAGUGGACAGUGAACAAAGAUGUACAAAGUAGAUCCCUAAGAAGCAAGAAUGGACUGUUGUUCUAGAAGGAAGUAAGGGAAUCCAGCAUUGGUAGAAUAACAGGAAGGAAAGGAGCAUUGUCUAUUUGUGUGUACAAAAAUUAUUGUUAGGUCAUGUCCAAGAUUAAGUCUGCCUCAAUGUCAUUGUAGAUUCUCGUCUACAUUCAUGAACUGUGUGUUUGUUCAUUAUCAGUAAACUGUCAUGUAAACUCAUGUAUAUGUGUUAUU